AUGGAUUUAUCAAAGUGGAAUAUAUUUAUUUUUAAUUUAAAUCAAACAGAAAUAUUGGACAGAUUAGCUGACUAUUAUAUAGAAGGGCUAACAAAUUUAGACGAAGAUGCUAAUUUAAAAAUAUUUUAUAGUGCUUCUAUACUUGCACAAACAUAUUUUAUAGAUGAACCAAAAGAAAAAUUAAAUAAAACAAAAAAGAAUAAAAAAAAUAAGAAAAAGGCUUUAAAAAAUCAAAAGUUUGACGAAGAUAGUUGGAUUAGUUAUAAAAAAGAGAUGUUUUUAAGAGUAGAUUCCUUAAUUGAUAAGGAUUUGGGAUAUUGUACUUCUGUAGGGAUUGGAGAAUUAAAUUUUCUAUAUUAUCAAAGAAAUUUUAGCACAAUGAUGGACACAGAAUUUAAUUUGGUUAUUUUUUCAUUAAUUUAUUCUUUAAAUUAUAAAAAAAUAAAUUACUUCAAAUGCUCUAAUUCUGUGUUGAGCUUAUUUGUGUCGUGAUCAGAUAUUAUUUUUCUAUAUACGAUUUUCAAAUUUUUAUAAAUUUGGACGAUUUUUUAUUUAACCCUGCUAGGAAUGAUUGGAAAAAUAAUGGGUAAUUGAAUAAAGUAGAGAUUAGAUUAGGAAUAUACGGAGAUUGCCGGACACAGAUUCGACCAUAAUUAGCACG